AUGGUUCCUCACUCUGAGGACAAGGUUCAUCACUUUGAGGACAAGGUUCCUCACACUGAGGACAAGGUUCCUCACUCUGUGGGCAAGGUUCCUCACUCUGAGAACAAGGUUCCUCACUCUAAGGACAAGGUGCCUCACUCAGUGGACAAGGUUCCUCACUAUGAGGACAAGGUUACUCACUCUGAGCACAAGUAUCGUCACACUGAGGACAAGGUUGCUCACUCUCAGGAGAAGGUUCCUCACUCUGCGGACAAGGACCCUUACUCUGAGAACAAGGUUCCUCACUCUGAGGACAAGAUUCCUCGCUCUGAAGACUAGGUUCCUCACUCUGAUGACAAGUUUACUCACUCUGACAACAAGGUUCCUCACUCUGAAGGCAGGUACCUCACUCAGAAGACAAGGUUCCUCAUUCUGAGGACAAGGUUCCUCACUGUGAGGACAAGGUUACUCACUCUGAGCACAAGUAUCGUCACCCUGAGGACAAGGUUCCUCACUCUCAGGACAAGGUUCCUCACUCUGCGGACAAGGACCCUCACUCUGAGGACAAGGUUACUCUCUCAGAGGACAAGGUUCCUCACUCUGAAAGUAGGAUCCUCACACUGAGGACAAGGUUCCUCGCAAUGAGGACAAGGUUUCUCAUACUGAGGACAAGGUUCCUCACCCUGAGGACAAGGUUCCUCACUCUGAGGACAAGGCUCCUCACACUGACGACAAGGUUCCUCACUCUGUGGGCAAGGUUCCUCACUCUGAGAACAAGGUUCCUCACGCUGAGUACAAGGUUCCUCAAUCUGAGAACAAUGUUCCUCACUCUGAGGACAAGGUUACUCUCUCUGAGGACAAGGUUCCUCACUCUGAAAGCAGGAUCCUCACACUGAGGACCAGGUUCCUCACACUGAGGACAAGGUUUCUCAUACUGAGGACAAGGUUCCUCACCCUGAGGACAAGGUUCCUCGCUCUGAGGACAAUGUUCCUCACACUGAGGACAAGGUUCCUCUCUCUGAGGACAAGGUACCUCACUCUGAGGACAAGGUUCCUCACUCUGAAGGUAGGUUCCUCACUCAGAAGACAAGGUUCCACAUUCUGAGGGCAAGGUUCCUCACUCUGAGGACAAGGUCCCUCACUCUGAAGACAAGGUUCUUCACACUGAGGACAAGGUUCCUCACGCUGAGAAGAAGGUUCCUCAUUCUCAGGACCAGGUUCCUCACUUUGAGGACAAGGUUCCCUUCUCUGACGACAAGGUCCUCACUGUGAGGACAAGGUUACUCACUCUGAGGACAAGAUUCCUCACUCUGCGGACAAGGACCCUCACUCUCAGGACAAGGUUCCUCACUCUUAGGACUAGGUUCCUCACUCUGAGGAAAGGGUUUCUCACUCUGAAGGCAGAUUCCUCAUUCUGAGGACAAAGUUCCUCACUCUGAGUACAAGGUUCCUCACUCAAAGGACAAGUUUCUUCACACUCAGGACAAGGUUCCUCACUCUGAGGUCAAGGUCCCUCAUUCUGAGGACAAGGUUUCUCACUCUGAGGACAAGGUUCCUCGCUCUGAGGACAAGGCUCCUCACUCUGAAGACAAGGAUCCUCAUUCUGAGGACAAGGAUCCUCCCUCUGAGGACAAGGUUCCUCACUCUGAAGGCAGGUUCCUUACUCUGAGGACAAGGUUCCUCACUCUGAGGACAAGUUUCUUCACACCGAGGACAAAUUUCCUCACUCUAAGGACAAGGUUCCUCGCUCUGAGGACUAGGUUACGCACUCUGAGGACAAGUUUACUCACUCUGAGGACAAGGUUCCUCAUUCUGAGGACAAGGUUCCUCACUCUGAAGACAAGGUCCCUCACUCUGAGGACAAGGUUCUUCACACUGACGACAAGGUUCCUCACACCGAGGACAAGGUUCUUCAAUCUGCGAACAAGGUUCCUCACUCUGAGGACAAGGUUCCUCUCUCUGAGGACAAGGUUCCUCACUCUGAAAUGUAGGAUCCUCACACUGAGGACAAGGUUCCUCACACUGAGGACAAGGUUCCUCACUCUGAGGAGAAGGUUCCUCACCCUGAGGACAAGGUUCCUCACUCUGAGGACAAGGUUCCUCACACUGAGGACAAGGUUCCUCACUCUUUGGGCAAGAUUCCUCACUCUGAGAACAAGGUUCCUCACACCGAGGACAUGGUUCCUCACUCUGAAGACAAGGUUCGUCAUCCGGAGGACAAGGUUCCUCACUCUGAGGACAAGGUUCCUCACUCUGAGGACAAGGAUCCUCACUCUGAGGACAAAGCUCGUCACUCUGAAGGCAGGUUCCUCACACCGAGGACAAGGUUCCUCACUAUGAGGACAAGGUUCAUCACUCUGAGAACAAGGCUCCUCACUCUGAAGACAAGGUUCAUCAAUCUGAGGAAAAGGUUCCUAGCUCUUUGGGCAAGAUUCCUCACUCUGAGAACAAGGGUCCUCACACCGAGGACAUGGUUCCUCACUCUGAAGACAAGGUUCCUCACUCUUUGGGCAAGAUUCCUCACUCUGAGAACAAGGUUCCUCACACCGAGGACAUGGUUCCUAACUCUGAAGACAAGGUUCCUCAUCCGGAGGACAAGGUUCCUCACUCUGAGGACAAGGUUCCUCACUCUGAGGAGAAGGUUGCUCACUCUCAGGACAAGGUUCCUCGGUCUGAAAGCAGGUUCCUCACACCGAGGACAAGGUUCCUCACUAUGAGGACAAGGUUCAUCUCUCUGGGAACAAGGUUCCUCACACUGAGGAAAACGUUCUUAACUCUGAGAACAAGGUUUCUCACUCUGAGGACAAGGUUUCUCUCUCUGAGGACAAGGUUACUCACAUUGAGGACAAGGUUCCUCAUUCUGAGAACAAGGUUCCUCAUUCUGAAGACAAGGUUCCUCACUCUGAGGACAAGGUUCCUCACUCUGAGGACAAGGUUCCUCACUCUGAGGACAAGAUUCCUGAAUUUGAACGCAGGUUCCUCACACCGAGGACAAGGUUCCUCUCUCUGAGAACAAGGUUCAUCACCCUGAGGACAAGGUUCCUCUCUCUGAGGACAAGGUUCCUCACACUGAUGGCAAUGUUCUUCAAUCUGAGAACAAGGUUCCGCAGUCUGAGGACCAGGUUCCUCACACUGAGGACAAGGUUCCUCACUCUGAGGACAAGGUUCCUCAUUUUGACGGCAGGUUCCUCACACCGAGGACAAGGUACCUCACUCUGAGGACAAGGUUCCUCACUCUGAGGGCAAGGUUCCUCACACAGAGGACAAGGUUUGUCACUGUGAAAACAAGGUUCCUCACUCUCGGAACAAGGUUCCUCACUCUGAGGAGAAUGUUCCUCACUCUGAGGACAAGGUUCCUCACUCUGAGGACAAGGUUCCUCAUUUUGAAGGCAGGUUCCUCACACCGACGACAAGGUACCUCACUCUGAGGACAAGGUUCCGCACUCUGAGGACAAGGUUCCUCGCACUGAUGACAAGGUUCCUCACUCUGUUGGCAAGGUUCCUCACUCUGAUAACAAGGUUCGUCACUCUGAGGACAUGGUUCCGCACUCUGAGGACAAGGUUCCUCACUCUGAGGACAAUGUUCCUCACUUUGAAGGCAGGUUCCUCACACCCAGGACAAGGUUCCUCACUCUGAGGACAAGGUCCAUGACUCUGAGGACAAGGUUCCUCACUCUGAGGACAAGAUUCCUCACACUGAAGACAAGGUUCCUCACUCUGAAAACAAGGUUCCACACUCUGAGGACAAGGUUCCUCACUCUGAGAACAAGGUUACUCACUCUGAGGACAAGGUUCCUCACUCUGAGGACAAGGUUCUUCUCUCUGAGGACAAGGUUCCUCUCUCUGAGGACCAGGUUCCUCACUCUGAGUACAAGGUUCCUCAUCCGGAGGACAACGUUCCUCACUCUGACGACAAGGUUCCUCACUCUGAGGACAAGGAUCCUCACUCUGAGGACAAAGCUCCUCACUCUGAAGGCAGGUUCCUCACACCGAGGACAAGGAUCCUCACUAUGAAGACAAGGUUCAUCACUCUGAGAACAAGGUUUCUCACUCUGAGGACCAGGUUCCUCAUUCUGAUAACAAGGCUCCUCACUCUGAAGACAAGGUUCAUCAAUCUGAGGAAAAGGUUCCUAGCUCUUAGGACAAAGUUCCUCACUCUGAGUACAAGGUUGCUCACUCAAAGGAAAAGGUUCUUCAAACACAGGACAAGGUUCCUCACUCUGUGAACAAGGUUCCUCACUCUGAGAACAAUGUUCCUCACACGGAGGAGAAGGUUGCUCACUCUCAGGACAAGGUUCCUCGCUCUGAAGGCAGGUUCCUCACACCGAGGACAAGGUUCCUCACUAUGAGGACAAGGUUCAUCUCUCUGAGAACAAGGUUCCUCACACUGAGGAAAAGGUUCUUCACUCUGAGAACAAGGUUUCUCACUCUGAGGACAAGGUUUCUCUCUCUGAGGUCAAGGUUACUCACAUUGAGGACAAGGUUCCUCACUCUGAGAACGAGGUUCCUCAUUCUGAAGACAAGGUUCCUCACUCUGAGGACAAGGUUCCUCACUCUCAGGACAAAGUUCCUCACUCUGAGUACAAGGUUCCUCACUCAAAGGACAAGGUCCUUCACAGUCAGAACAAGGUUCCUCACUCUGAAAACAAGGUUCCUCACUCUGAGGACAAGGUUACUCACUCUGAGAACAAGGUACCUCACUCGGAGGACAAGGUUCCUCAGACUGAGUACAACGUUCCUCACUCCGAGGACAAGUUUCCUGACUCUGAAGGGAGGUUCCUCACUCUGAGGGCAAGGUUCCUCACUCUGAGGACAAAGUUGCUCACACUGAGGACAAGGUUUCCCACUCUGAGAACAAAUCUUUCUCACUCUGACGACAAAGAUCCUCACAAGUAGGACAAGGUUCCUCACACUGAGGACAAGGUUCCUCACACUGAGGAAAAUGUUCCUCACUCUGAGAUCAAGGUUCCUCAAUCUGAGGACAAGUUUCCUCAAUAUGAGGACAAGGUUCCUAACUCUGAGGACAAGGAUCCUCACUCUGAGGACAAGGUUACUCACUCGGAAGGCAGGUUCCUCUCUCUGACGACAAGGUUCCUCACUCUGAGGACAAGGUUCUACACUCUGAGGAAUAGGUUCCUCACACUGAGUACAAGGUUCCACACUCUGAGGACAAGGGUCCUCACUCUGAAGGUGGUUCCUCACACUGAGGACAAGGUUCCUCACUCUGAGGACAAGGUUACUCACUCUGAGAACAAGGUACCUCACUCGGAGGACAAGGUUCCUCAGACUGAGUACAACGUUCCUCACUCCGAGGACAAGUUUCCUGACUCUGAAGGGAGGUUCCUCACUCUGAGGGCAAGGUUCCUCACUCUGAGGACAAAGUUGCUCACACUGAGGACAAGGUUUCCCACUCUGAGAACAAAUCUUUCUCACUCUGACGACAAAGAUCCUCACAAGUAG